GUUGAUGGAUGUGAGAGGUCUCACCAUUUCUCAUGUCAAAAGCCAUCUCCAGAUGUACAGAAGCAUGAAGAGUGAGGCCACUACCACCAGACUAGAUAGAAGUACUACUACUACUAGUGUUACACAGCGAAGGAAACAACAGUCUAAUUGUGAGAAUCAUCUGUUCAUUUCUCCUGCUAAAAGGGCAAGAAUCGAGAAAAUGGAAAGCAGACAAAGAAGAAUAAAUGAUCCGUACAGAGGUGAUGAUUACGUGAAGAAGAAGACUAGUAUGGCUGAGAAAGUUGGAAUAAUGGAUGAUGAAGCAAACAGGGUUUUACAACAAUCUCUCUUUUUCAAGGAGGAAGAAGACAAUAAUAAUGGGGAAUUAAAGAAAUACUCACCAGGGUUGGAGCAGCAGCAAUCUGUGAAUGAAGUAGAUUUUUGUGAGCUGUCUCUAUCUUUGCCUUUGCACAAGACAAGUUUUAAUAAUAAUGUAUUAUCUUCCACAAGUGAGAUUAGUGAGGCUAUUACCUCUAAUUCUUCCCAUGAUUCACUUCCACUUAACCUAGACUUGUCUAUUGCUCCAUGUGGUGCUUAGACUUUUUCCUUUUUUUUUUUUUUUUAUUAUUUAUAUGAGUAUUAUUGGAUAUUGUUCGGCGCGGUUCGUUUACUAAUAUUAAGUUCUAUUGACUAAUACGAA